AUGAAUAUGCAGAAGACUGAAUAUAUGAAAGUAGGGGGAAAACACGAACAUGAAGAUCGUGAACUAUAUAUUAGAAAAAUAAAAAGAGCUACAAAUUAUAAGUACUUGGGAAGCGUCAUAAUGGAAGAAGGUAAUUCAAAAACAGGCAUUCAAAAUAGAGCUCAGCAGGGAAGAAGAGCAACUCAAGCGCUAAAUUCCUUGUUGUGGUCCAACGGUACUAAAAUAGGUACGAAAAUUAGAAUAUAUGAAGCAGUUGUGGAACCCAUCUUAACGUACGGUGCAGAAUGCUGGCAAAUGACGAAGAACGACAAGAAAGUUAUCGACAUGGUAGAAAUGGAUUUCUUGAGAAGAGCAUGCCAAGUGUCGAGAGUAGAACAAAGAAUGAACGAUGAGAGAUGGCCAAAAAGAGCACUAAAAUAUACCCCUAAAAACAGAAGGAAAAAAGGAAGACCUAUGACCUCAUGGAACGAUGGUAUAAGAAAUAUAAUGAAGGACAGAGCAAUUAAAGAAGAUGAGUGGAGGAACAAAGAUAAAUGGCCGUCGAAAUGUGGGAUGCGACAGAAGCUGUAG